AUAUUUUGUUUUAUAUAGAUGGAAGUUGUCAGAACACAAAUUGAUAGAGAAAAUUGUAUGGCUAAAACAAACUGUAUAUCAGAAAAUACUGCAGAAUUGACACAACUUAAUGAAAUGAAGUCGCACGAAAAAGGUCCACUUUACAUUGUUGUCGAUACAAAUGUAUUUCUAUCAAAUCUCGAGAUUAUUGAAGAAGCAAGAGAUGCGACAUUUGAAAAUUAUCCACGUCCAUUUAUCGUAAUUCCUUGGACAGUAAUAUGCGAAUUAGAUUAUUUUAAAGACAACAAAUCGAAAUAUGAAUUAUCGAUUAAAGCUAGAAAAGCGAUUUCUUUUAUCCAUAAUCAAUUUUCUUCUAAACACCCACGUGUAAUAGGACAAACACGAGAUCAGGCAAAGAAAAACAAAGAAUAUUUUUCUAUUGAUUGUCCAGAUGAUGAGAUUCUCCAAUGUUGUUUACAGAUUCAUCAAUUGCGAAAAUCAGUAGUAAGUUGUCUUUCUGUUGUAUGAUAUGUAUGUAUAUGUCAUUAAUGAAUAAAACUACUACACUUAUUUUUAUUUUGCAUAUGUAGAUCUUGUUAUUUUAUGACAAAAAUCUAUGCACUAAAGCGAUGAUAUAUAAUAUAUGGACAUUGGGACGUAACGAUCCUCUUGAAAAUAUAGAUGAUUUAGAUACGAAUAGUCAUAGGGUAAUCAACCGUUUGAAUGAUGUCUGUUAAGUUAGCACCCCCACCACAAAAAACCGAAACGCCACCUAUGCCAAAAUUAAGUGCUUUU